UCUAAUCUUUUGUGUUUUCGAAGAUACUUUUGUCUACGUCAUGCAUGAUGUAUAUGUAGGAAUUAGAAAGUGUAGCCUCACUCUCUCGUUAAAAGUAAUAAAUCUUAACCCUCUUCUGAAAUCUCCAUUUCUUUCACUCUCUUCUGUCUCUGCGAUUUCAAGAUGCAUCUGGUUCUUCUUGUUUUGCUUGUCCCUCCUCUUAUCCUCCUCUUCAAAUUUGUGUGCUCAACCAUAUGGGUCCCACUGAGGACACAAAGGCACUUCCAAAAGCAAGGCAUAAGGGGCCCGCCCUACCGUCCGAUCUUCGGGAACUCGGCCGAGAUCCGCCGUCUGUUUGCAGAAGCUCAGUCGAAGCGAAGCGCAUUUGACCACGACAUCCUUCAACGCGCGUCCCCAUUUUACCACCGGUGGUCCCGCAUGUACGGGAAGAAUUUCCUGUACUGGUUUGGGCCGAAGCCCAGGCUGGCAAUAGCAGACCCUCACAUGAUCAAAGAAGUGCUUAUGAAUACGAGUGGGUCGUUUGAAAAGAUACCGUUUACCCCAUUAACCAAGAUUCUAUUUGGAGAGGGCCUUGUUGGGCUCGAAGGCGACCAAUGGGCUUUUCACAGAAGGGUUGUGAAUCAGGCCUUCAAAAUGGAGAAAGUCAAGGGUUGGGUGCCAGAGAUUGUGGCUAGUACCAUGAAGAUGUUGGAGAAAUGGGAGGAUGUAAGAGGAGGGAGAGAUGAGUUUGAGAUGGAUGUGCACAAGGAACUUCAUGAGCUCUCAGCAGAUAUUAUAUCCAGGACAGCUUUUGGAAGCAGUUUCGAGGAGGGAAAGCGAGUUUUCAACUUACAAGAACAACAAAUGCAUCUUUUCUCCAAGGCAGUCAGGAGCAUCUACAUCCCUGGCUUCAGGUUUUUGCCUACCAAGAAUAACAGAGAGAGAUGGAGACUAGAUAAGGAAACUCGCGAAUCAAUACGGAUGUUGAUUGUGAAUAACCGCAAAACAAGAGAAGAUUCAAGAAAUCUGCUUAGUCUGUUAUUGUCUUCUUACAAGAAUCAGGAUGGUGAAGAGGAGAAAUUAGAGAUACAAGAAGUUAUUGAUGAAUGCAAGACCUUCUACUUUGCAGGAAAGGAAACAACUGCCAAUCUUUUGACUUGGGCACUUCUCCUUCUUGCGCUGCAUCCGGAAUGGCAAAGCAAGGCUCGAGAAGAAGUAAAUUGCGCUUGUGGAAGCAAUAAGCUUCCGGUUGCAGAGAAUCUGAAUGACCUUAAGAUUGUAAGUAUGAUAGUUAACGAAACACUUAGACUCUACCCUCCGGCUGUGAUGCUAAUGAGGCAAACAUCAAACAAGGUCAAGCUUGGGAGCCUGGACAUUCCUGCUAACACACAACUUUACUUGGCCUUGACUGCUGUCCAUCACGACACUGAGAUAUGGGGAGAAGAUGCCAAUGAAUUCAAGCCGAUGAGGUUUUCGGAGUCUCGAAGGCAUUUAGCAUCAUAUUUUCCAUUUGGUCUGGGGCCUAGAAUCUGUGCAGGUCAAAAUUUAGCUUUGGUUGAAGCAAAACUGGUCUUAGCAAUCAUCAUCCGGCACUAUUCUGUCAUGGUGUCACCUACAUAUGUUCAUGCCCCAAUGUUGUUUAUAAGUUUACAGCCCCAGUAUGGCGCUCAAAUCCUCUUCAGGAAGAUUCCAAACUGAAAUUUUUUGGGGAUGAAAUCAUGAAAUGAAAAAUAAUUGAAAGAACGUUUGUUUAUUAUGUACAUUAUCUCAAGGCUCGUAACUUUAGCUAGUAAUUCUAACAAUACGAACGCUCUUUGGGCAGGGCCUUGUUGGGCUGGUGAGUGCUCUUCACCAGGGCUUCACUAUGGAGCAAGUCCAUAGCCACCAUAAUCAUAUUUCUUAUUGAUUUCCUAGUUGGAAUAGGCACAAGCAUCUUCAAGAAAGACGAAGCCACCACCUUCAUUCUGCCAAAAUGCGUAAAGGAGAAUAAACAAGAAAAUGCAAAAGGAACUAUUAUAAUCCACUUAAAUGCUUCCAACUAUUUUAUAC